AUGCGUCUCCUCAGCCUCCUGACCGCCGCCCUUAGCGGCAGCAUCGCCGCCGCUGCAUCCCUCCAACAGGUGAUCAGCUUCGGCGCCAACCCGUCGGGGGCAAAGAUGUACAUCUACGUGCCCGAUAAGGUGGCUGCGAGCCCGCCCAUCAUCGUCGCGAUCCAUUACUGUUCCGGGACUGCGAGCGCAUACUACUCCAACACGCCGUACAAGUCAUACGCGGAUCAGUACGGUUUGAUAGUUAUUUACCCUGAGUCGCCGUACAGCGGCACCUGCUGGGACGUGAGCUCGACGGCUUCGUUGACACACAACGGUGGUGGAAACAGCAAUGCGAUCGCUAAUAUGGUGACGUAUACUCUGAACCAAUACAACGGCGACAAGAGCAAGGUGUUUGUGACGGGCACCUCCUCUGGAGCUAUGAUGACGAACGUCAUGGCAGCAACCUACCCCGAGCUCUUCGCCGCAGGCAUCGCCUACUCGGGCGUGCCCGCCGGGUGCUUCUACACCGGCACCGUCAACGGCUGGAACUCGACCUGCAGCCAGGGCCAGUCCAUCUCUACGCAGGCCGUGUGGGCGCAGACGGCGCUCAACAUGUACCCGGGCUACUCGGGCGCGCGGCCCCGCAUGCAGAUCUACCACGGCAGCGCCGACACCACGCUGUACCCGCAGAACUGGAACGAGACGAUCAAGCAGUGGACCGGGGUGUUCGGGUACAGCCUGACGCCGCAGCAGACGCUGCCCGGGACGCCGAGCGGGCAGUACACCAAGUACAUCUACGGGCCGAAUUUGCAGGGCAUCUACGGGGCUGGGGUCGGGCACAGUGUGCCUGUCAUGGGCGCGGAGGAUCUCAAGUGGUUUGGGAUUACUGGCGGCUCCGGGACGACGACGACCGCAGCGGCGCCACCUGCGGCCACAACAACGGCGGCACCGCCGAGCGGGGGCGGAGGCUGCACGGCGAACCGGUGGGAUCAGUGCGGCGGGAGCGGGUUCAGCGGGUGCACUGUCUGCGCUUCCCCGUACACUUGCACUAAGGCCAAUGAUUGGUAUUCUCAAUGCUUGUGA